CAACAUUUUUUUUCCUUGAAUCCUUUCAUAUCAAAUGUGUGUAUUGAGAUUAUCCGCCAAACACCCUAAGCUCUUUCUAAAUUUUACGAGACAAAACGGGUUAAACGGCGUGACAAUUUACCUACAAAUUCCCAAUCGCUUCUCAGUUUCCGCCAUAUCUCAAACUUGACCUCUAAGUCAUCCAAUCCCCUUCAUUUCCCCGGCCACCCGAAACCCAAGCAGAUGAAGAGAUCAUCCAGUGCCUCCAUAGUCUCAGAUAAUAGAUUCGUAUGUUCCUCGUCGUCUUUGUCGCUAUCCUCAAUCUUCAGAUCUUCCAGUGUCAGUUCCGGAUUGGAAUCAGAGCCUUACCUGCCAACGUUCAGUCCCUUCUCUCACGCUGCCGAGAAGAAACGUCGCCAUCUUAAGCUCGCUAAGAUUUUCAUCCACUCCAUCCCUUUCGUCAUUCUCUUUUGCGCCAUCGUUCUGUGGUUAUUCUCCGAUCCAGGAAUGAAAGCGUAUAUACCUCAACAGAACCCAAUAAAAAUCGAAGGGCAAUGGGUAGGGAUUGCCUCUCCCCACAAAACCAACCAAGAAAAGCCGUAACUACAAAAGAAAUUUGUAUGAUUUGUAGACCAUCAAGAGGCAUUGUGUUGGAGUAAAACUCAGAAAGAACCACAAGAAAAAGACUUAUUUUCAAACACCGGCUAAUCCUUUUCCGCCAAAAAUCCCACAGGAGGUGUUUUGUAGCACAUUUUCCAACGACUUUUUCCUUGCCACCGAAAAACCUACCAUGGAGCACCUCCAUAGGCCAAUCAUCAAUCUUCUCAGGUAAACAAAAAACCACCUCUAAUGUUGUAAGAAUUGCCAACCAGUCUUUUAACUGCAAAAGGACAAUGCAGAAGCAAAUGAUCAAUGGAUUCCUCCUCUUGAACAUAUAAACAACAUAUAGAAGGCGAGAUCAUCCAAUUUUUGAACUUCUUUUGUAGCUUCUCAUGGAUAUCCAUUAUUCAAGCUGCUAUAGGCUAGCCACCAUUAGUAGACUUUACCUUUUUUUUGCACUGAAACUGUUUAGUUUCUGCCAUAUAUUUGAGCCGGUUUCUGAUCUUGCUUUAUGCAGUUCUUGAUUACAUUCAAAGAUCUUCUUGUUAAGUUUAGUCAAAUACCCAAUAAUGUCUUGCUCCCUUAUGGAUUGCAGAUAAUAGAUAUAUGCAUGUUCUGUUCGUAUAGAAUUUUUAUAUUCUACUACUUGUAACCUCAUUGAUUGUAUAUUUAAGGGGCUAUGUACUGAUCUCACUUGUCAUCAUCAAAUAAGUGAAAAUAUCAGUAGAUAUUGCUGUCUUUCUUCUUUUCUUUGUACUGCAAGUGCAGUAUGCACAACAAAAUUGUAACUUCUCUUUUUGGUGAAUGUAAAAUCUAAAUCUCCGGUACUCAACCUAUGCACAGCUGUUCAAGAUUUAGUCACUUAACAAUGCCUAAAAGGUCUUAGAACUCAAGUGUGGCACUAUACCUCAGGUAGCAUCAUUCUAUUUUAGAAUAUUUUUCCUUCUUAGCUAGGAUGGCAGGCAGUCAAGUCACCCUUUCAUGAGAUGUUCUUAGGAUUUAGACAAGUCACUAUGCUAUGUGUUAGUGAUGUUAUUUAUUCCAUCUCCUAGCUUCUGCGUGGCAAGGUAAGAAGGUACUUGAAGAGUGAAUCCAUAUGCUUCUAUGACUUGAAUGGUUGUUUUAUUUUUGGAAAAUAAUUGGGAGUGUCCACAAGUGUCCAGGCCAUGGUUGGUUACAAUCUACUUAAGACUUAAUAUCUUAAGAAUAUCCAUGACGAUCAAAUGUAGUGGUGGCAAAUAAUUGUUCUUACAUAGUGGAAGUACAUGCAAACUAGCCUAGACAAUUAGACAUAUAUAAGGAAAAAAAAUAGGAGUGUCAAUGUAAGUUUAUGUGGAUACGUUCAUGAACAGUUGAAAAAUCUGAU